CACGCAGCUGGAAAAUAAAUAAAUUGAAACCCGAGAUUCUGGUAAUGGAAAUGGAAGAACAUAUCAUUGAAAACACAGCAAUUCAGAAGUUACCAGUUUAAGACAUCUCUUUUGUAUAUCAACACAUAUUUAUUUGGGUGCAACCUAUGUGUCGGCAGCCAAUAAAUUGCAAUCUAUGGAACGCAUUCAUCCCUGAAAUUUAUUGGCAAUUUAUCAAUUACUGUAUCGUUAACCACAUGUAACAUGCAAUUGCAGCCGGCAACUGCAGUGCUAAAGCCCAUCUGACAACUAAUUAGCAACAAUGUCAGAUGGAGUGCACACACUGAUUGAUUGCCAAGCGAUUGGCACGAAGUAAUAAAGAGUUUCGUUGGGUUUUCGGUCUCAGGGGUUGCCAACAAUUAGUGGCAUUUAAAAACCAAAUUCAGAGUCGCCGAGCGAUUUGCAUAUGACAGGGAGAUACUUGAAAAGCAGCCAAAGACAGUCGGAUUGAACAAAUACAAAAAAUUCAAAUUGUGAAAAGCCGUUGGCCUCUGGUUUGCCAUAAAGAGCUGCUGCAAAUUUCUUGCAUAUUUGCACACGGAUUUACAAUAAAUUGCAAUUAUGCAAAUUGAGCGAGUCGAAUGUUUUCGGAGCCGUAGCUCUUCAAACAAACUCCAAAAAAUGCCAGACAUUAAUCAUGGCCAGCAAUUAGCAAUUAUUUAUAUUGACGGGGCGUGUCAAUAUCUGGGCAAUGAUAAAUGGUUUUCAAAUUUUUUGUUACUACUACACACAUCAACCCUGGAAAAAGUUCUCGUACUUGCUUUCGAUUAAAUUCUAUGCCAUUAAUCGUGGGGUCAAGUUCAGUACUAAGUUGGCCUUGCCUUUAAAGUGCCAAAACGAAAAAGAAAUCCUAUUUAAUAUUAACUACGAGCAUGGACAUUCCGAGUGAGACUAUGGAGUCAUCUUCCAAGGAUUCUUCUAAUUCUUAUGAUGCCAAGCGCGAGUCCUUAAAAAUCGCUCCCUUACUUAAGUCAGUGCCCAACAGUAUUUCCAACAGAUUUGGUUUGAAGUGGUAUCUGAUCAACGUGGACAACUUCAGGCCUCGGAGAAAGAGGAGGUACUUCAUCAACCUGUCGCGCUUCUCCACUCAACUGCCCAGUGUCAUCUCGAGCACUUUGCACCUCCUAAAGUACCCAAACUGGAGUGCCAUCUUCCUGGCCACAACGCCCCAUAGCUUCAUGUACUAUCAAGCCCAUUUUCCAAUGACAUCCAUCGUGACAUUUUCCCCCACGAGCAAGGCGAUUUCCAAGCAGAAAUCUGGGAGUAAGAAGCUGAGAGGAUUACUUCCGUCCAAGAUAAACAAAAUCAAGGACGUAAAGGCAAUAAAGCUAUAAAGAAACGAUUUAUAUAUAUAAUAUAUGUAAAUAUA